GCGGGGAGUUGAAAGCGGCGAUGUCGCAGCACGGGGAAAGGAGUGCGGGUCCGCGACGCUGCUCUGGCUCAAGAAUUACCGAUAUUAAUCGGAUAAACGUCCUACCCGACCAGAUCUGGUAAUUGUGCAGCGUAACGUUUGCUCCAACAGUGACUACAAGUCUGAAAGCGUAACUCGGGGCCCGUGGAUUCCAUACCAUACUAUUGAAAUCAUGGCGCGCACCUCUGCUGUCAUGGGUGCUGCCACGAUUGCCGCACUCUGGUGUGCGUCGCUGGUGCCAGCACUGGAGACACAGGUGACGAGCUCGCUCGAGGAGCCCUGCGGCGUGCUGCUGGCGUCCGUGGGCCUGGCGCCGAACUGCACGUCGGGCUGGCAGGCUGGCGUCCACCCAGACGGCUUGGACGCCAUCAAGGCGGUAGCAACAGCGGCAGCACAGGCAGCAGCGGGAGGACGCGGCCGCCUGGAGCCGCAUUCAAUUACCCCGCUGACAGGAGGACGUGCACGACCUAACGCCUGGGAGUUGCAGGCAGCCGACCCGGCGCUCCCGUGGCUGCACCUCGUGCUGGUGCGGGCGGCCCUGCCGGAGCUGCGCUCCCUGUGGGUCGAGCUGCUCUGCUUCCUGACCAGCCUGGUGGCGAUCCGCACCUUUCUGGGCGGCAAGCGCCCGCCGAGCGCCAAGGAUGCUAAGCUCCAGAAGCAGUUGCCCGCCGCUCAGCUGCGGUCGACGCCUCCCCGCGCCACCUCGCUGGCGUCGCUGGCCGCCAAGGGCAGGCCAGCGGCGGCGGUGCUCGAGGCCUGGCGCAGGGAGAAGCUCGGGGGCGAGGUGCCGCUUCCCGGCCUCCGCGCGGCGGUGCAGGCGCUCGCCACCGCGGAGCCCGAGGGCCUUGUGGAGGAGGUGCUCUCGUACCUGGAGCGGCCCGGGCUCUCCUACCUCGCGAGGCCCCAGUGGGCUCACGGCAUAUUUCUUUCAGAAUCAAUGGAGCAGUUGAUCCAGCAACUGCAGGAUCAGGUGGCAACGUUGCAACAGCGCCAGCAGCCGAUGGAAGAGAUGGUCCAACAGUUGCAGCGACAGCGACAAGAGAUUGACAGACUUCAGGCUGCAGAACGGGAGGCGCUGCAGCAACAGCAGCAACAAGAUGUACGUAUGGAUGAGCUGAGAGCUGUAGCCAGAGGCAGCAUGAAGACGGUCAUCGACACGAAGAGCCUCGGCAAGCCGAAGGACUUCGACAACAAAGAAGAACACUGGCAGGAGUUUGCGUUCAAGUACGAGAACUGGAUCAGCGGCAUCGAGCCGCAGGAUGAGAUCAGGCACCUCGGGAGGCAGGUGUACGUGUCCCUCGCUCAGAUGCUCACAGGUGAAUCGCUGGAUGUCUUGAGGAAUGGCCGUGAAGAUAAUGGUCUUGAUGCGUGGCGUCGGCUAUGGAGGCGAUGGGAUCCGAAGACGGUCGGACGCAACAGGGCUGCCUACCUCAAGAUAGCUCAGCCAGGCACGGCGAAGACGGUGGAGCAGGCGUCCAAGAUGCUGGAGCAAUGGGAAGCGCAGAUCCGCGACUACGAGUCCAAGAGGAAGAAGGUGGUUAAUGAAGAGCUCAAGUGUGCAGUGUUGACGGAGAUGAUGCCCAAGGAGGUGCGACUUCACCUCCAGCUCAAUGCGAGGACGCUCACGGACUACACCACAAUCAGGCAGGAGGUGCUGUCCUUCCUCGAGGCCAGGAAGAGCCACACCAGUGACGGUUCGGUACCGAUGGAUGUUGAUGCCCUGCAGCGGAAGGGCAAAGACAAGAGCGGCAAGGGUAAGGACAGCAAAGGCAAGGGCAAGGACACGGACAACUCCCACUCCAAGAAGAACGUGACGUGCUGGAACUGCGGCAAGACAGGACACACGAGCAGUGAGUGCUGGACGAAGCCGCAGACAGAUCAUGACAAGAACAAGGCCCGUGGCAAGGGCAAGGACAACAAAGGCAAGGGCAAGGACUCCAAGGGCGACAAGGGCAAAGAUGGCGGAAAGGGGAACUCCCAGAACCACUUCCGGGGUUACUGCGACAAGUGCGGGAAGUGGGGUCAUCGCGGACAAGAUUGCCGGGGUUCCAAGACGACGAACUCGCUGGAGACGAGCAACCAGCCGGAGCCUGAGAUCGGCGGCUUCGACAUCUGCGCGCUCGACGGUUACGGCAAGGACGAGACGGACAAGGACAUGCAGCCCUACAAGGAGGUGAACAGCUACAUGGUCGAGGCGACGGUGGACUCAGGUGCGGCGGUCAGCGUGAUGCCGGUGAGCACGUGCCAGGAGUGCAAGGUGAGGCCGAGCGAGGCAUCACGCAGAGGGGUCCGCUAUCGGGCAGCUGGGGGACAGAUGAUCUCGGACCUCGGCACGCGCGUGGUGAACAUCCACGCGGGAGGUCGCAACGGCGGCAAGGCUCGAGUGACGUGCUCGGUGGCCGAGGUGAAGAAGGUGCUCCUGAGCGUGGCCAAGAUGGUGGACCAGGGCAACAGGGUGACGUUCGGCCCGAACGAGGGCGACAGCUACAUCGAGAACAUUGCCACCGGGGUCGCUAUCCCCAUCAGGCGUAAGAACGACGUGUAUGUGAUGGACAUGGAGAUCCAGCCGCCGAAGCAGCACGAGAAGUCGAUGAUGCUCGCAGCGGUGGACUCGGCCCAGUCGCUGGGGGGCAGGAGGCAGGCAGCGGCGCCGGGCGAGCCCGGGCCAGGAGCUGAAGACGGCCGCGUCAUCGAGAUGGAGGCUGACGAGGAGGCAGCGGUGCCCGCACGGGUCGUCAAGGACCUGGAGGCGCCGACCAAGGAGGAGAUCGAGCAGCACAACAUCGGGCACAUACCGUACAGGAGCUGGUGCAGGCACUGCGUGAUGGGCCGAGGCAGGAGUGCGGCUCACCGCAUGCUCGAGGCGGAGAAGUCACACGUGAUCCCCACGGUCGGUCACGACUAUGGCUUCCUCGGGCGAGAUGAUAAUCCUGUGAUGCCGAUGUUGGUGGGCAAGAGCUUUCGAACGUUGUGGCUUGGGGCCGCGAUCGUCCCAUGCAAGGGCGACGCGAGCGAGUGCAGUGUUGGGGUCAUGAGUGGCCAGAUCACGCAGAUGGGACAUUCCAACUUCAUCCACAAGACGGAUCAGGAGUCAGCGUUGAAGGCGCUGAAGGAGUCAGCGCACCAGGCGCUGGGAACUGCGUACAGCGUGGUCUCGGAGGAGGCCCCGCGCGGCAGCAAAGAGUCGAACGGUGCGAUGGAGAACGGUGCGAUGCAGAUCGAGGGCCUGGUGCGGACCCACAGGGGCGCACUGGAGAUCUUGCAGGGCAUCAAGGUCGAGCACGAGUCCGCGCUCGUGCCCUGGCUGGUGCUGUGGGCGGCGUACGUCUACAACCGGUUCUCCAGGGACGUCAACGGGAAGACACCAUAUGAGAAGACGAAGGGCAAGCCGUUUCGACGUGAGCUACUGCCUUUCGGUGAGCGCAUCCACUGGCUCCCAGCGGACAAGAGCAAGAAGCGUGGCGAUGCGCAGGGCAUGAACAAGUUAGAGAACAAGUGGCGGACGGGGCACUUCCUGGGCGUCCAGGAGGGCAGCGACGAGGCGUUCGUCAGUGAUGAGAAUGGCGGCGUCUACCGAGCCAGGAGCAUGAAGAGGCUCCCGGAGGUGAUGCGCAAGUCGCCGGAGACGAUCCUCAAGGUCAAGGGCGUGCCCUGGAAUCGGACGCCAGAGGAUGUGCCGGCGCCUCAAGUGCGAGUGGAAGUCGGACGACCAGAUCCACCACCAGACGUGCCGCCGGUGAUCGAGACGCCACCGGAGCCAGCAGUGGUUCGGCGGAGAACGUACGUCACCAAGGCCAUGAUUGAGAAGUACGGUUUCACGCCAGGAUGUCGAGGGUGUGAGGCUUUACUCAUCCACGGCACGACGCACGUGAGUGGAGGUGGAGUUGCGCACUCGGACUUUUGCCGAGCGCGUAUCGAGGCGGCAGGGCAGCGAGCGCCUGCUGCUCCUGCAGCAGCGCCCAGCCCGCCGGCAGUUGCGGAGGGGCCAGCGGGAGGUGCCGCCCAGGCCCCGGAGGCAGCCGAGAGAUCACCUAUGGAGGUGGAGGCGCAGCUGGCACCGCAGGGCAGCAGCGCAGGACCCGCGCAAGGAUCCCAGAUGGAGGAUGUGCGGGGGAGUCAGAAGCGCAGGGCUAGCGAGGAGUUGCAGCAGGAUGAGGUCAGGCAGUACGAGGUGGUCGAGGAGACCAGCGUGCCGACGGCCAGGAUGGACUACCUGGAGGGUGGCAGGAUGCUGAGCGCGCUGGGCUACGACGUCCACGUGAGCGAGGUGUGCAACCCGGAGAGGUUCAAGGAGGAGGCCGAGGCGAUGGGUCUUGCCUUCGGCCAUGCCUUCGACCUGCAGCUCCAGAGGAUGUUCAGCUCGCUGAUGACCUUCAACCGGAAGCACUACAGCAGCGAGGACUGGGAGGCGAUGAAGCAGGCCUAUGCCGCAGAUCUGGGUGCUACGCUGGUGGCCGCUAUCGGCACAGACUCCAGCGCGGCGCUGGGCAUGAUGAAGAGGUCAGGGCUAGGUCGAGUCAGACAUAUCGCGGUGCCACUACUGUGGAUCCAAGAUGCCGUCCGUGAGUCUCGCAUCAGAGUCUUCAAGGAGAAGGGCCUGGAGAACGUCGCGGACGCCGGCACGAAGUACCUGAGCGGGCCGAAGCUGGAGGCGAUCAUGGAGCGCCUCGGCUACGUGUACCAGGAGUUGUUGGAGACGAAACGCGAGCUGGGCCGACUGAUGGAGACGGUCGAGAACCAGAACCAGACGAUCACAGGGCUCCAGACGGAGCGAGCCGACGCAGAGGCAGCGAAUCGGCAGCAGUCGACGAAGGCGUUCGCCAACGCGAUCAUAGGAGACAAGGGCAAGCCGCCGACCUUCGACAACAUGAAGAAGCCAGACUUUCACGACUGGGCAUUCAAGUUCAAGGCGUACAUCGGCAAUCAGAGUCGGAAGUGCUUGGAGGGAAUGACCCAGGUUGAGUACAGCCAGAACCAGCUGAACUACGCCAACUACGACGACGAGUGGAGACAGAUGGCGCAGUCGUUGUUCUACCAGCUCACAAUGUAUACGGAGGGCACCCCGCUCGGCAUCAUCCGCAAGGUCAGCAACCAAGACGGAUUCGAGGCGUACCGCAGGCUGAGCUCCCAGUAUGACCCUCAGAACAUGGGCAGCAUCCUGUCGAGACUGAUGAGGGUGCUGGAGUUCGACUUCGGCGGAGAGGCGGAGUUCCUUGAGGCCAUGGCGAAGUUCGAGAUCUCGAUCGAGGAGUACGAGAAGCUGGCGAGCGAGGCACUCAGCGACAACAUCCGCUCGGCGGUCUUGAUCGCGCGAGCCCCUGAUGCCUUGAGGAACCACGUGCUGCUGGGAACACCCAAGGAGGAGAUCCAGUGGGCGAGGAUCAAGAAGGUGGCCGCCGACUUCCUGCUCACGAAGCAGUCCAUGCCUGGUGGCCCUGCGCCGAUGGACAUCGGCGCCAUCAACAGCAAGGGCGGAAGAGGACACGGCAGGGCCAAAGGCAAAGGCAAGGGCAAAGGCAACGACACCAGAGGUAAGGGCAAGGACAGGAGCAGCGGCGGUGGCCUCGCCGGCGGAGAGAAGAAGUUCCAGGGACACUGCGGACGAUGCGGCAAGUGGGGGCACGAACAGAAGGACUGCUACGCCAAGAUCCACAACGUGAGCACCUGGGACGGCAGCGCCUGGGACGGCAACACCUGGGACGAGAAGUGGGGGAGCUGGGACGCCACCAACGAGAAGGAGAAGGGUGCGGCUUCCUCCCACGAGGACGCCAGCGCCUCCAUCAGUGCCAACGCCCUCCAGUGCUCCGAGUUCGAGGGCGCUGCGUGGAUCUUCGCCGUCGGCGCGCUUGAGGGCCCGAGCGGGACAAGAGUUGGCCAGGCGGUUGUUAUCAUGGUGGACACUGGCGCCAACAAGUCGGUGUGCGGGCCCAGCGACUUCCCCGACUACCCCACCAUGCAGGACAAGAGGCUGGAGAUCAAGGUCGCCAACGGGACCUCCUUGAAGCACUUCGGCGACAAGCAGGUGAACUUGAAGACACAGAACGACGACGAGAUCAGUGUGAUAUUCCACGUCGCGGAGGUGACGCAACCGAUCCUGAGCGUCAACAGCAUCAACAAGGCAGGAGCUGGGGUGGAGUUCCCACCGUCAGACUCGACGGGCCCACCCUCGAUCACGCGGGAUUCGAGGAGCGGGCGAUCGCGGCUUGGGCUGAAGAGGAGGCUCGGCCUGUUCUUCCUGCGCGCGACGGUGUUGAGCUACGUCGGCACCAAGAUCGGCGCGGACGGCCUGGUCGUCAACAACACGGCGACGGGCGUCCCCGAGGAGUACAUCGCUGCGCAGGUGGACCAGCCGGUGGAGCAAGAGGUCAGGCCCGAGGCUACGGUGAUGACGGCGCCAAGGCAGCCGACACGAGCCGAGAGGGAGGCUCACGAGGCCCUCCACUGUCCAUACGCAGCGUGGUGCGCGGACUGUGUAGGGGGGCGAGGCCUGGACGACAGGCAUGAGAGGAUCAAAGAGGCAGAGGGUGUGCCUGUGAUCCAGAUCGACUACAUGUUCGGCAAGACGCAUCGUGACGAGAGAGUGCGCCCAGUCAUGAAUGCUAUCGACAACGUAUACCACUCUACGGCCUCGGCAUGGUGCGAGGCGAAGGGUGGGGGAUACCUGUUUCUCCUGAAGUGUCUCAAGCGGUACGUGGAGAAGCUCGGGUUUGAGAAGGUUAUCAUCCAGUGCGACCCCGAGAAUGCGGCCAAGGACGUGGCGGCCAAGGUCGCGAGGGACAUCGGCAACAACGCGACCUUCAGGUACACGCCGACGACGAGCAAGGGGGGGCAACGGCAUGGUGGAGAGGCCCCGCUCGUUCACGAGGGUAUGGCGAGGACCUGGAGGAGAGCCAUCGGGGCGAAGUACGGCAUCGUGAUCGAGUUGAGGCAUCCCCUGAUGGCCUGGAUCGUGCGCCACGCGUCGUGGACCCACGAUCGCUUCCUCGUCCACCGCUCCGACUACAAGACGUCCUACGAGCGUCAGCACGAGAGGCACUAUGCCAAGAAGGUCCCACCACUCGGCGAGACGGUUAUGUGGAGGCAGCCUGGGCCCAUCGCCGCCAAGUUCGAGUCCGCGUGGGGCUACGGCAUCUAUCUCGGGCGGUCGUCGGAGGACGACUCCCGCAUCUGCGGCGCCAGGCACGGCAUCGUUGUGGCGAGGUCCAUACGGAGGCUCGUGGAGAGCGAGCGCUACGACAAGCAGCUGCUCCUGGCCACGAAGGGCAUCCCGAGCGACACGAAGGCGCCGAAUGCAUCUACGCCAGUAGCAGACAGACCAGCCCUCGACCUCAACCUCCCGCAGCCCGCCAGGCUUCCGCGACCUGCGGACGCCGCGCCCGAGGAGGGGCAGGCGGGCCCCCAGCGGGCCGCGGCGGAGAGCGCAGCUGCACCUGAGGUGAAGCGUGCAGCAGUCGAGGAGCCUGAGAGCUCGGCUGACAAGCGGGCCAGCGAUGAGGCGCCUGCGGAAGGCGAGGCGCACAAGGAGAGCUCGACCCCAACUUUCGAGCUGCUGAGCGAGGUGCACUACGACGACGACGACGGUGAGCGUCUCGACCCCGACGCCGUCCGCGAGGUGAUCAAGAGGGAGGCGAACUUCAUGGAGUCCCUCGGCGUCGGUGAGGUCGCGGCGCGCCCCCGCGACAAGAAGGUGUGGGGCACGAGGUGCUGCCGCCGCAAGAAGGGUGAGGGGGUUCGCAGCAGGUUCGUCGUGAAGCAGUUCAGGGACGCCCAGGCGGGGGAUUUCUUCGCCUGCACCCCGCACACGGAGGCUGUGCGCGUGCUGAUGGCGGCGGCGCUGAUGCUCAAGCACGUCGUCGUGACGACGGACUUCAGCGUGGCGUUCAUGCGCACGCCCGUGAAGGACGGCACCGAGAUCUACGUGGAGAUGCCGCCCGAGUACGGCAUGGGGCGUGGAUACGUGUGGAGACUGAAGAGGUCUCUGUAUGGGCUCAGAGAGGCAGCGCUCCGAUUCCAAGAGUUCCUGGAGAGCAUCGUGGUCGGGAUUGGAUUCAAGGUCUGCAAGGCGGAGCCCACCAUCUACCAUCACACCGAGAAGGGCAUCAGGGUCGUGGUCCACACGGACGAUCCUCUUGCUUCAGGUCCCACGCGGGGAGUGCUCGACGAGUUCUUCGACGAGUUGGCCAAGCACCUCGCGAUCAAGGGACGGUGCGUCCUGGGCGAGACCCCCGUGAUCUACCUCGGCUCGUCGCUGCAGAGGUUCGGGGACGUGAUCGUGGAGAAGAGCAAGCCCGGGUACGUCGAGAGCAUCCUCGACGCGGCGGGGAUGCUGGGCUGCAGGCCUGUGGGCACGGCUGGGGUCAGGCCAGACCUCGCUCCGCCCGGAGCCGAGCAGCCGCUCAACAGCGAGGAGCACUCGCUGUACAGGAGGUGCUGCGGGAAGAUCCAGUGCGCGAUUCCGCGGAGGCUGGACGUGAUGUACCCGCUGAAGGAGCUCGGUCGUCGGCUGAGCGAGCCGCGAGCGGCCGACAUGAAGUCCCUGAAGCACUUCCUCCGCUACCUCAGCGGGGCGGUCGACCUGGCCAUGGUCCACCGCUCCACGAAGGACUACAAGCGCAUCCGGGGUAGCACCGACUCGGACUGGGCGGGAUGCCACGAGACCCGCAAGUCGACAGCAUGCGGGAUCGUGCGGUGGUGCGGGGUGGUCGUCAGCGCCUACGCCCGCACGGAGUCCGUGCUCGCCCAGUCGAGCCCUGAGGCCGAGUACCUGGCGGCCGUGGAGCUGGCGGCGGAGAUGCUGUACGUGAGGGAGCUCGUCAAGUUCAUGGGCUUCAACACGUCGCUGGAUUUCGAGUGCGACGCGUCCUCCGCCAUCGCGAUCGCCUCACGGCGUGGACUCGGCAGGUUGCGACAUCUGGAGGUGAAGUGGCUAUGGCUCCAGCAGCUGGUCGGUACGGGCCAGAUCAAGAUCGUGAAGGUGAAGGGCACGGAGAACCUCCCCGACGUUGGGACGAAGUUCCUGGGGAAGGGUGCGCUCGAGAAGUGCCGCACCAUGCUCGGUCUGGUCCCGAUCGACUCCCUCGGGAAUGGCAUCGUGGCUGCCCUGAGUGCGUCCCGAGGAGCACGGUACCUGGCGACGUUCAUGGUCCUCGUGAACGGCGUGAGGGCCCAGCCAGGCACGCCCGACGGCGGACCCGACCCACACCUGGCGAUCGUGGUGGCCUGGUCGGUCUUCUGCAUGCUCGUGGGCGUGAUGCCGUGCUGGUGCGGCUGGUGCCUGUGCCUAUACCUCCCGAGGUCAGCUGCAGGACGGACGGGCAAGGGCUGCUCCAAGGGUCAGCCCAGUGAGAGUUCGGAGAGGGGCCGAUCGGAGCCAGAACCCGAUCCGCCUCCAGCACCCGACGCCCCCAGCGAUCAUUGCCGGGGGCCGUCGGAGCCGCGUGGCAGGGGCGUGCUGCUGUUCCAUCUGGACACGGUCGGGACCUCGAUCCACUCGAGUCCAAACUGCCAGGCUCUGCGCGAUCGGCAUCACCCGCUGGUGACGAGGAGCGGGUGCCUGAUCUGCGCUCGGGUGCUGGGCCAGGGGGUGCGCAUGCUGCACCACACGGACAGUGCCGAGAGUGCGGUCCACGCCGACGCUGCCUGCCGCGGGUUGAGGUCGCGGAGGCGCCGUCUCGUGAGCCGCGGGCUGCCGCCGGACGGGUAUCUGCCGGGUGCCGGCUGGGUACCCAUCCAGCGCCGGAUGGGUAUGGGUAUGCCGCCGGAUGGGUAUCUGAGCGCCCCCCCCCCUCAGGGCUGCCGCCGGAUUGGUAUCUGCCGGGUGCUGGCUGGGUACCCCUACCCAUCCAGCGCCGGAUGGGCAUCCCGCCGGCUUGGUUCUCCUCCACCGCCCCCCCUCUACCAGGCCAUCGCCCGGCGUGCACUCUGGCUGGGCGGGAUCGAGGCCGCUGCCGAUGCCAGGCUGUCGGGCAUCGUGUCGAACCCCGCGGCGCUGGGAGGUCGGCUGCUGCUCCAGUGGAGAGACGCGGUCGCCAGCGUCGCAGAGGAGACCUUCGUGGAUUGGUACAUCCCCGGGCCGCGCACAUGCUUGUGGUGCUGCAGAUGCAUCGACAGGCGACAGGGCGGCCCCCUCGAUCACUUUCGGUUCACCCUGGGCCUGUCGUCGGACGACUACGGGGUGAAUGAUUACGAGGCCAGCAUGCGAGCCAUCUACACGAUGGCGUGCUGGGACGGGCUCGACUUACCGAACAUAGCAGGGGCUGAGCAGAUCCCCCGGAAAUGCCAGAUGUAUGAGCACGUCUACGUCGUGGACCGAGACCCGCACCACGCUGGCGCCAGCGCCGGAGACGGCGGAGGUCAUGCCGACUCGAUGGCGGGCGAGGUUUUCCGCGCUACAGCGACCUGUGCGUUGGCCAACCUCAUCGUCCUGGCGGGGCUGACUAGCUCAGGGGCCCUGGAGGAGCUCCGAGUUCUCAGCGACUACGCUGGCGAGAGUGCCACCGUCGCUCCGCUCGACUUUGAUAAUAUCAACGGCCUCUCACUCCCGGACGCGGGCUUCAAGCCUGUGCCGCUUGGCGCGCUGGGCGGAGAUGCUGGCCGUGAGAUAGUCGAGCGGCUUCAUGAUAUGAUGUUGUCCCAGUCCGAGGGUCGUGCUCGGAUCCAGUCCGAAGGCCCCCGGAAGCUAUGCGCCGACCCGGCGCUGCGGAACCCGAAGCUGUGCAUCCAGCUCUUGCGGGCCCAUCGGGUCCCCGACGUGAUGGCCUUCGCGUCUGGCGCGAGCUUUGCGGGGCUCCACGUGGAUGGCGGCGAGCCCAUCGCGGUCGCGGAGGUUGACUUGGCCGACGCUUUUUACACGACGCUGCUGCUGCCGGAGUGCCUCGUCGUCUUCUGUUUGCGGGGCGCCUGUGCGGCGUUCGACGGCAGACUCACGAUGGUGGACUCGUCGCGGUUCGAGGGGGCGAAGUCCCUGUUCGAGGUGGAGGAGGAGUGCGAGGGCAUGAAGGAAGAUGAAGGGCUCAGCUACCCGAAGGAGGUGGGGACCACGGGCGGCAAGGAGGAGGAGGCGCGCUGGGACCCCGAGUGGGCGGGCCGCUUCCUCGGCGAGGGCGAGUUCCGCAGCGGCGCAGCCGGCAGCCGCAGAGCCGCUGAAGCACAGCGCCCGAGCGUCGCGCCGGCGGGCGAGGCGCACGCAGGGGUCGGACAGAAGGCGGUGGGGGACAAGACUGCGCUGGACUACCAGAUUCGGUGCCAUGCCUUCCUGCGCUGGGCGGCGGCGGCGAGGCCCCCCGUGGCGGCGAUCCCGGACCUCGAGGAGGCCCUCCUGGAGUAUUUCAACCAGCUGUGCUUCGACGGGCACGACUCGCUGGACGGGGCGAAGCUGGCAUCGGCGUUGGCUCACUUCAGGCUGGGCCCGAUGCCGAAGUUGGGCAGCCUGCCCAGGGUGCAAAGGGCGCUGAAGGGCUGGAAGGCUCUGGCGCCCCCUCGGGCGCGCCUUCCCUUGCCGUGGCCAGUGGUGGUGCUGGUGGCGGACUGGGUGGUGUCGAGCGGGCUCGUCGCGGCGGCGCAGGCCAUCGUGCUGACCUUCAUCCUGUACUUGAGGCCGUCGGAGACACUGUCGCUGCGAGUCGGCUCGAUCGUGCGGCCAGUGAAGAGCGGGCCGCGCCACCUGAUCAAGUACUCGGUCCUGCGGUCGGAGACGAAGAACUACGGUGUAAGCCUCUUGCUGGACAACCCAGAGUUCGGAUGGAUUGAUCGAGUCCUGAACCGCCUCGUGGAGGGCCGCCCAGCCGACUCCCCUGUGUUCGCCCUGGACAUGAGGUCUUGGUUCGGGGACAUCGAGAAGCGCGGCCGCUGGGGGGCCGACAGGGGCCUCAAGAGAUACGCCGAAGGAGGACGAUGUUGGCGGUGCCCGGUGCAGAACCUGAGCCGCUGGACCUCCGCGGCUGACGCCAAGGUGUACCUGGAGAUCUUCAGUGGCUCUGGAAAUUGGUCCAGGGCCCUGCGGUGUGGCCAGGCUUCGCGACUGGCCCCGCGCGUCUUAGAGCUGAACGUGGGCCGCGAGCCCGCCCUCGGCGACCUCAGCCGCCGACGCGGGCAGCGCGCGGUGCGGGGCUGGCUCCGCGGGGGCCUGCUACAGGGAGCGCUGGAGGGCAAGACGCCGCACGGCGCACUGGACGAAGAUUGCCGUGUAAUGCCCGCCCAGUCUCUGCAGCGCCUUUGCCAAUGCGUGCCGUGA